AUGCGCAGAAGUACUGUCGGAAUGCUGGCCUUGCAGGAGACAAUAAAAGAGAAACAGGCAAGACACAGAGAGGCUAGGGAGCAAAGAAGAUUGAAACUUGAUCAAGCACAUCGAUACCUAAUUGAAGUCUUGACUGAAAGACUACAGUUGCCGAAAAGUGAUGUUGAGGAAUUUAUUUUGGAUUCAUUAUCUCUUCAACCUUAUGAUGAUUUCUUUUCGAAAGGAGGCAGAAAAUCACUUGUAUACAUAUACCAAGAAUCUGACCCACCAGGAAUCGACAGUGGCCGAAUUAUCACUGGAAUUUUUAAAGGGACCAAAAUGAUGAGAUUGUUCCUGGGCAAUUUAUCUGAUGUUCGUUUAAAUGGUCUGUGCUUGUUCUUUGUGCGGUACAAAAAUGACACUCCUAUCGCGGCAAGAAAUAUACAUGAGGAAGCAUUCUUUGGUGUCAUGGAUUGCAGUGAUGGAAUACUUUCUGGUGCUGCAACUAUGCUGGAAAAUAUUUUCUUACCAGCCAUUUCUGCAACUGGAAACUGGGGUGGACUUAAUCAGGACGUAAAUAGGGAAAGAGAGAAGAAAGCUUUUAAAGAUAUUAUUCGCAGAUACAUCACUUUCUUAAAUGCUACAAAAACAAGUCUUGAAAAAGCUGUUGUGCUCAAAAGUGAGACACUUGAUCUUACUCAACUGCGUUCAUUCGAGCAAGUGAAAGCUGCAACAUCAAAUCCAGAAAUGAUUUUACAACUUGAAAAUUUACUUUUGACGUGGCACAAUCAAUUGGAACAGGUGCUGGCACAAAGCAAUCAAGUGAGAAAAGAAGCUGAAAAUUCAGGUCCACUCACUGAAUUGGAAUAUUGGAAAUGCAUGUCUGCUAAGUUCAAUUCCAUCAUUGAACAGCUCAGAGGCCAGCAUUGCAAGGCAGUAAUCAAUGUUUUAAAAGCAAGUCAGUCAAAAAUGUUAAAGAUGUGGCGAAAACUAGAUUCUGAAAUCACCGAUGCAGCUAAUGGAGCAAAGGACAAUGUGAAGUUUCUGCAAGCAUUGGAGAAAGUCUGUGAGCCACUUUACAAUUCUGAUCCAGUGACAAUGACUAAAGGUGUUCCAAAUUUGAUAAAUGCAAUUCAAAUGAUCCACAAUGUGUCAAGAUAUUACAAUACCUCCCAACAAAUGACUGCACUAUUUAUUAAGGUCACAAACCAAAUGGUUACAGCCUGUAAGGAAUAUAUUACUGAGGAUGGUAAUGCUCGUGUGUGGGACCAGGAUUCUGAAAUUAUUAUUAAAAAAAUGGAGGAAUGUAAAAAGUUGUUAACAGAAUAUCGCAAAUAUUUUCAGAAUACUAAGAAACAAACAACUGAAACAGUACGAGAUACUCCAUUUGAUGUGUCAGAAAUGUACAUAUUUGGUAAACUCGAUGUCUUCUGCAAAAGACUAGAAAAGAUCACAGAAAUGGUUGAAACGUCAAAGACAUUUUCUGUGUUGAAGAAUUCUACAAUUGAAGGAAUUGAGAUACUUGCAAUAAAAUAUCAGAAUAUUUACUUAAAUCUUAAAAAGAGCAAUUAUGACAUUUUGGACCCUCGGAAGAAAGAAUUUAAUUCAGAAUAUGCUGUGUUCAUGAAGCAAAUAUUCGACUUAGAGAAUUUGCUUGAUGACUUCAUGAGUAGCUGUUUUGCUAAAAUCAUUUCUUCACGGCAUGCUUUACAACUUCUGCAGAGAUUUCAGAAAUUGAAUAUACGAUCUCUUGAGUCAGAAAUUGAAAUGACAGUUGAACGUAUUCUUCAACACUAUUUUGGAGAGUUAAUGGCUAUACAAAAGCAUUACCAGGCCUGUCGAGACAAUCCACCACUUGCGAGAAACAUGCCUCCUGUAGCUGGAAAGAUAUUAUGGGUACGACAGCUCUUCAGACGCAUAUUUGAACCCAUUGACUACUUCUAUAAAAAUUCUGAGAUCCUAAGAAGUUCACACGGCAUCUCCAUUGUGCAUACGUACAACAAAAUUGCUUAUGUAUUGGUGAAGUUUGAAGUAUUACAUCACAAGGCAUGGACAAAAGAAAUUUCAACUCUACAAUAUUGCCUGCAUGCAACUCUUUUGAUACGUGAUCCAGAUACUGGAAAAAUGCAUUCAAACUUCGAUCACAGAAUCAUUGAGAUUAUGCGUGAGGCUAAAUGUAUGAUAAAAAUGGGUCUGGAUGUGCCGGAAACAGCUAAACGUUUGCUAAAGUGUGAAGGUGCAGUGAAAUCUAAUUACGAUCUUUUGAAGUCCACUCUUCAAUUAUUUGAAAGUGUGUGCCACGGAAUUCCUUCUGAGUAUGUGACAUUGAUAACACCAAAAAUUAACAAGAUUGAAUCUGUUCUGAGACAGGGAGCUGCCUCACUGAAUUGGUCAUCAAUAACACUCGACAAAUUCUUCUCUGAUGUGAAUUCAGCCAUCGAAGAGUUGACUUCAUUGCUCAAGACAAUUACUGAUUUGCGAGAUGUGCAUAUUGAUGCAGUAUUGGAUGAAAUAGCCAAAAAGAUUAUAAUCAAUUUACCAGAGGACCAUUCUUUAUCUUUGGAGGAAAUGCUUAGAUUCAAUGAGACUUGCUGUGAAGAAUGGGCAGAAGUUUUGGCCCCAAAAAGCAAAUUACUUGAAAAGACUGUGGACAAACUGGUGGAAAUAUUUGUAGCAAUCUCUGACAGCAUGGUAAUUCAUGAAAGUGUGAAACCUGCUGAAGAACCAGAGCGUAGACGAGUUGGAUUUUCAGGAGAUACUGAAGAAAAACAUGAAUCUUCAACGGCCCGCAACCCUGUUAAAAUAGAUAUUCACCAGAUCAAGAAAAAUGAAGAAUUUGAAAAGGAUGUUAAAGAGCUUUAUGCAUAUUUUAGCCAUCAUUUCAUUGAUGCAUUAGUGAAAUCAACAUCACUGUCAUUAGAUACACUGAAAAGAAGAAUCUUCAAAAGAGGAACCUUUGGCUACUCAAGCAGUGUUGAGGAAUUUGCUCCCUUUUUGAAGGCUGAAGUGCUCUUAGCAAUUCCAAAUGUGGUUAUGGUACCAAAUCUGGAUGAUAUUCAGCAUGCAAUUAACCGGACAAUCCAGAUGGUUUUGGAUGUGAGCCGUAAGGUCCUACAUUGGAGGCAAUCAAAAAAUAACCAAGAGAAUGCUGAUGAUGCACAAAACGUAGAAGGUGCUUGGAAAAAAAAGGACAUGACUAUUGAAAUUGGUGAUAUUUUUCUGUUUAAAAAAGUAACAGAAAGCAAAACUAUAAAAACAUUGAAGAACUUUUAUCACAAUGUGGCAGAACACAAAGAUGUGAACAAAUUAGUUGUACUACUAUCUGCUUCUGUCAACUCAUUGAGGGAUACUAUCUCCAGUUCACUAGAAAGUUUUCAAAAAUUUAAGAUGCUUUGGAUAGAAGACAGAGAAACAACAAUUAAGAAAUUCAUGGAUCGGAAUCCCAGUCUGUAUGAAUUCCGAUCAGAAAUAGAGUUCUAUGCUAAUUUCCAACAGGAGAUUGAGGAACUCCCCUCCAGCAUUAUAUUAGAUUUUAUUGAACUAAACACAGAACCCAUGAGAAUGGCCCUUUUGGUGGAAGUCAAAAGUUGGAUAAUGUUACUUUGUCGGUACUUGAAUGAACAAUACAAAGCAAAAAUGUCAGCGAUAUCAAUAUUUGUCAGUGAACAAAUUAAAAAUUUGGCACGACCUAUUCAGGAUUUAGAUGAUGUUCGGUUUGCAAUGGAAUCUUUAGCAGAAAUACGAAGAAAUGAGAUACAGAUGGAUAUGACUUUGGCACCAAUUGAGGAAGCAUAUACAAUCCUGAAUAAGUAUCAAGUGGAAAUUUCAAAGGAGGAAGCAGAAGGAUCUGACACUCUUAGGUAUUCUUUCAACAAAAUGCAGGUCAAAGCUAGAAAUGUGCAGGAUGAAUUAGUCCAAGUCCAACCUAAAUUUAAGGCUAAUCUGCUGGAGUCUGUAGAUAUUUUCCAGAAAGAAGUGCUCAAAUAUGGACGACAAUAUGAAAGGGAAGGUCCGAUGGUUGCAGGUAUUCCACCUGCAGAAGCCAGUACCAGAUUACAGAUUUUUCAGAGUUGGUUUGAUGACUUAUGGAGAAAGUUUGUGACAUACUCAUCUGGAGAGCGUUUAUUUGGAUUGCCAGUUCAAGACUAUGAAAUACUGCAGAAAAAUAAGAAGGAGCUGGGAUUGCUUCAGAAAUUGUAUGGUUUAUACGAUGCAGUGAUGACUAAUAUUAAUGGUUACUAUGAUGUGUUGUGGACUGAGCUCGACAUUGAGAAGAUUAAUGCUGAGCUUUUGGACUUUCAGAACAGAUGUCGCAGGUUACCCAAAGGCUUAAAGGAAUGGCAAGCGUUUCUAGAUCUGAAAAAGAAAAUAGAUGAUUUUAGUGAAUCAUGUCCACUGCUUGAAAUGAUGUCCAGCAAGUCUAUGAAAAACAGACAUUGGGACCGGAUAUCAGAUGUAACAGGGCAUUCUUUUAAUGUGACAUCAGAAACAUUCUCUCUGAAAAAUGUUAUGGAUGCUCCGCUGCUUCAAUUUAAGGAUGAAAUUGAGGAUAUCUGCAUAUCGUCUGUGAAAGAGAAGGAUAUUGAGGCAAAAUUGACUCAGGUGAUGCAGGUUUGGGUCAGUCAGACGCUAAGUUUCUCGAUGUUUAAGACUCGAGGUGAACUAUUGCUAAAAGGAACAGAGACAGCAGAAAUCAUAACAAUGAUGGAGGACAGUUUAAUGAUUUUGAACUCUUUACUAAGCAACAGGUAUAAUACUUAUUAUAAGAAGGAUAUUCAAAUCUGGGUGCAUAACCUGACAACAUGCACAACCAUAAUAGAACAAUGGCUUUUAGUUCAAAAUCUGUGGAUUUAUCUUGAGGCUGUCUUUGUUGGAGGAGAUAUUGCUAAACAACUGCCACAGGAAGCAAAACGUUUUCAAAAUGUCGAUAAAUCUUGGAUAAAAAUUAUGCAACGAGCUCAUGAAAUUCCAACAGUGGUUCAAUGCUGUGUGGGAGAUGACACGAUGGGACAGCUCCUACCCCACUUGCAGGAGCAACUGGAGGUUUGCCAGAAAUCCCUAACUGGAUAUUUGGAAAAGAAAAGGUUGCUAUUUCCCAGAUUCUUCUUCGUAUCAGAUCCAACUUUAUUGGAAAUCCUUGGACAAGCCAGUGAUUCUCACACCAUUCAGGCUCAUUUAGCAGGAAUAUUCGAUAAUGUAAAUAACGUGGCUUUCCAUCCAAAAGAUUAUGACCGAAUGCUGGCUGUCAUUUCCAGAGAAGGAGAGCACAUUCAAUUGGAUACACCAGUGAUUGCAAAGGGUCCUGUGGAGCUAUGGUUAGGUGACUUACUGCGUGUGCAACAAGCAUCAUUGCACACUGUGAUUAAAUUAGCAUUCUAUAGUUUCAGUGAACCAGAAUUCCAGUUAAUACCUUUCCUCUAUGAAGCUCCCGGCCAGGUAGGAAUUCUUGCAAUCCAGAUAAUAUGGACACGGGAUUCAGAAGAUGCAAUUAAGCUUGCAAAAGACAGUAAAAAGAUUAUGCAAACAACUAACCAGAAGUUUCUAGAUCUGCUGAAUGCCCUAAUCAGCCAAACAACAUACGACCUGACUACAUUUCAAAGAAUCCAGUUUGAAACUCUCGUCACCAUCCAUGUUCACCAGAGGGACAUAUUUGAUGACUUGGUAAAAAUGCAUAUCAGAUCAAUUACUGACUUUGAAUGGUUGAAACAAAGCAGAGUUUAUUUUAGAGAUGAAACGCAAGAUAUCAUAGUGGGAAUCACUGAUGUAGAAUUUAUCUAUCAAAAUGAAUUUUUGGGAUGCACUGAUAGACUUGUUAUCACACCUUUGACAGACAGGUGCUAUAUCACUCUAGCUCAGGCUUUGUGGAUGAAUAUGGGAGCAGCUCCUGCAGGACCUGCUGGUACAGGCAAAACGGAGACUGUGAAGGACAUGGGCAAAGCUCUUGGAAAAUAUGUAGUUGUGUUUAAUUGUUCUGAUCAAAUGGAUUUCAGAGGAUUAGGAAGAAUCUUCAAAGGUUUGGCACAGUCUGGUUCCUGGGGCUGCUUUGAUGAAUUUAACAGAAUUGAGCUGCCUGUUUUAUCGGUAGCAGCUCAACAGAUUUAUAUCGUUCUUGUGGCAAGGAAAGAAAGGAAACGAAAUUUUAUCUUCACCGAUGGAGAUAAUGUAUCACUGAAUCCAGAGUUUGGCAUUUUUAUCACAAUGAAUCCUGGUUAUGCAGGGCGUCAAGAAUUGCCAGAAAAUCUAAAGAUCCAAUUUAGGACAGUAGCAAUGAUGGUGCCAGAUAGACAGAUCAUUAUAAGAGUCAAGCUUGCCAGUGUCGGAUUUUUGGAGAAUGUAUUGCUGGCUCAGAAAUUCUUCGUACUUUACAAGCUCUGUGAAGAGCAACUCACUAAGCAGGUUCAUUAUGAUUUUGGCUUGAGAAACAUUCUUUCUGUCUUGAGGACUUUGGGAGCUCAGAAGAGAGCACGACCGGAAGACAGUGAAUCAACAAUUGUCAUGAGGGUACUGAGAGAUAUGAAUCUGUCUAAACUGGUGGAUGAAGAUGAGCCACUUUUCCUCAGCCUGAUCAGUGAUUUGUUCCCUGGUAUACAAUUGGAUAGUAGCACCUAUGUGGAACUGCAGGCUGCUGUAGCCAAUCAGGUGGAAAUAGCAGGAUUAGUUAAUCACCCACCCUGGAAUCUCAAACUUGUUCAGCUGUAUGAAACAGCCAGGGUCCGUCAUGGGCUGAUGACAUUGGGACCCAGUGGCUCUGGGAAGACUUGUGUAAUUCGUAUUCUCAUGCAGUCGCUGACUGAAUGUGGAGCUCCUCAUCGGGAAAUGCGCAUGAAUCCUAAGGCUAUCACUGCUCCACAGAUGUUUGGGCGACUGGAUCCUGCAACAAAUGACUGGACUGAUGGAAUCUUCUCAACACUUUGGAGGAAAUCUAUCAAGUCAAAAAAAGGUGAGAAUAUCUGGAUAAUUCUGGAUGGUCCAGUGGAUGCUAUUUGGAUAGAAAAUUUAAACUCCGUACUUGACGACAACAAAACAUUAACUUUGGCUAAUGGUGACCGUAUUCCCAUGGCUCCUUCCUGCAAACUGCUGUUUGAGGUACACAACAUUGAAAAUGCAUCUCCAGCCACAGUGUCCAGAAUGGGAAUGGUCUACAUUAGCUCAUCUGCUCUUAACUGGAAACCAAUUUUGAAGGCUUGGUUAAAUAAACGUACUCCUUGGGAAGCUGAAAUUCUGCAAGAUUUAUACGACAGAGCCUUUGAAGAUGCUUAUCUUUACAUGAAGUUAAACCUCAAUCCAGUAAUGGAGCUACUGGAGUGUAACUACAUCAUGCAGUCAAUUACCCUGUUGGAUGGUUUGAUUCCUUCAAGAGAAGAUGGAGGAAUUUCUGAUGCAUUGCAACUUCAACGACUAUUUGUGUUUGUUCUCAUGUGGAGUAUUGGUGCCUUGUUGGAAUUAGAGAACAGGACUAAACUUGAGCAAUUCCUCCAACAACACAACAGCAAACUGGACCUACCAGAUGUUCCUUCAGAUAGUGCCCAGUCCAUAUUCGAAUUUCUUGUCGGUCAUCAAGGUGAAUGGGAGCAUUGGAAAGUUUGGGUUCAAGAAUAUCUAUAUCCAACUGACAGUGAGCCAGACUAUAAUUCAAUCCUAGUACCAAAUGUCGACAAUGUUAGGACGAACUUCCUUGUGGACACCAUUGCUAAACAAAAUAAAGCAGUACUUCUGACUGGAGAACAGGGAACAGCAAAAACAGUCAUGAUUAAAGGCUAUCUGAAGAAAUAUGAUCCAGAAGAGCAUCUGUCCAAGAGUUUGAAUUUCUCAUCUGCUACAGAACCCUACAUGUUCCAGAGAACUGUUGAAAGUUAUGUAGAAAAACGUGUGGGGAGUACAUAUGGGCCACCAAGUGGACGGAAAAUGACAAUAUUUGUUGAUGAUAUCAACAUGCCUGUUAUCAAUGAAUGGGGAGAUCAGAUCACUAAUGAAAUAGUGCGUCAGAUGAUAGAAAUGCAUGGAAUGUACAAUUUGGAUAAACCGGGAGACUUUACAAAAAUUGUUGAUGUGCAACUAAUGGCUGCAAUGAUUCACCCAGGAGGGGGACGCAAUGAUAUUCCACAACGGUUAAAGAGGCAGUUUACUGUCUUCAACUGUACAUUACCUACUGACGCUUCAAUUGACAAAAUUUUUGGAAUUAUUGGAAAUGGAUAUUUUCAUCCAGCAAGACGAUUUAGUCCUGAAGUCACUGACAUGAUAACAAAACUUGUUGUCACAAGCAGAGUCCUUUGGCAGUGGACAAAGGUGAAAAUGCUACCCACUCCAGCUAAAUUUCAUUACAUCUUCAAUUUGAGGGACCUAUCUCGCAUCUGGCAAGGAAUGUUGAACAUAAUGGCUGAGGAAUGCUCCACCCUGAAGACACUCCUAGCUUUGUUCAAACAUGAAUGUACCAGAGUGAUUGCAGACAGAUUUAUAAGUCAAGAAGACAAAGAUUGGUUUGAAAGUGCAAUUACUCGCGCAGUUGAAAAGGUUAUUGGAAAAAGAGUAGCACAGAUGAUUCAUGAAGAGCCAUACUUCGUUGAUUUCCUCCGGGAUAUGCCAGAGCCAACUGGUGAUGAGCCUGAAGAUUUUGUGUUUGUUGUCCCAAAAGUCUAUGAAAUGGUUCCAAGCUAUGAAUUCCUGACUGAAAAACUGCAAUUUUAUCAGUCACAACAUAACGAAAGUGUCCGAUCGGGCUUUUUUGAUCUUGUCUUCUUCAAGGAUGCAAUGACACACUUGAUGAAAAUAUCACGUAUAAUCCGGACGGAUUGUGGAAAUGCUUUGCUGGUAGGAGUUGGAGGUUCUGGAAAACAAAGCUUUACUAAGCUGGCAUCAUAUAUUGCUGGAUAUAAAAUCUUUCAGAUCACUUUAACCAGAGCAUACAAUGUUGGCAAUCUAAUGGAUGACUUGAAGAUAUUGUACAGAACAGCUGGGGCAGAAGGCAAGGGAAUCACUUUCAUAUUCACUGAUAAUGAAAUUAAGGAAGAGUCCUUUCUCGAAUAUCUCAACAAUGUACUUUCUUCUGGAGAGGUAUCAAAUUUAUUUGCUCGGGAUGAACUCGAUGAGAUUACUCAAUCCCUGAUUGCACCGAUGAAGAAAGAAGCACCUCGCAUUCCUCCUACUUUUGACAAUUUAUAUGAAUAUUUUAUCAACAGAGCUAGAACUAAUCUACAUGUUGUCCUCUGCUUCUCUCCGGUUGGUGAAAAGUUUCGAUCACGUGCACUGAAGUUCCCCGGUCUGAUCUCUGGUUGUACAAUGGAUUGGUUCAGUCGCUGGCCCAGAGAGGCAUUGGUGGCUGUCUCAAACUAUUUCCUUUCGGGUUUUUACAUCGCCUGCUCAGCCGAGGUCAAAGCCCAACUGGUAGCAACAAUGGGUUUGUUUCAUGACAGGGUUUAUCAAACAUGUGAGGACUACUUUCAGAGAUAUCGACGAAGAACACAUAUAACACCCAAAUCUUACCUUGCCUUUAUAAACAGCUACAAAUCUGUUUACACAGAGAAACAUGCAAACAUCAAUGAACUAGCAGAACACAUGCAACUGGGUCUCUCCAAGCUUCUAGAAGCAACAGAAUCCGUCGCUGUUCUCGCAAAAGAAUUAGCACAGAAAGAAAAGGAGUUGGCAGUGGCUUCACGUAAUGCUGAUAAGGUUCUAGGAGAGGUCACAGUGAGUGCUCAAGCAGCAGAACUGGUCAAGAAUGAAGUCAUGAUAGUGAAAGAUAAGGCCCAGAAAAUUGUGGAUGAAAUCGAAGUGGACAAAAAUAUAGCAGAGGGCAAACUAAUCGCUGCAAAGCCAGCUCUUGAAGCUGCAGAGGCUGCUCUCAAUACAAUAAAACCUGCUGACAUUUCCACUGUGAGGAAGUUAGCCAAACCACCUCACCUGAUUAUGAGGAUUCUUGACUGUGUGCUCGUUCUCUUCCAAAAAAAAAUGGAUGCAGUCACCAUGGACCCUGAAAGACCCUGUCUCAAACCAUCCUGGGGCGAGUCUUUGAAGUUGUUGAGUGGCACUGGCUUUCUCCAGGCCCUGCAGCAGUUUCCAAAGGACACCAUCAAUGAUGAAACAGUAGAACUUCUCCAGCCAUAUUUCAUGAUGGAAGAUUAUACAUUUGAACAUGCUAAGAAAGUCUGUGGGAAUGUCGCUGGUUUGUUAUCCUGGACUCAAGCAAUGGCUUCUUUCUUUGCUAUCAACAAAGAGGUGCUGCCGCUCAAGGCUAAUUUGGCAGUGCAAGAAAACCGCCUCCAACGGGCCAUGAAGGAGUUAGGAAGUGCCCAGGCACAGCUGGAUGAGAAGCAAGCUGAGCUUGACAAGGUACAGGCCAAGUUUGAUGCUGCCAUGAAGGAGAAAAUGGAUUUGUUGGAAGAUGCAGAAACAUGUAGAAGAAAGAUGGAAGCUGCAUCAGCAUUGAUUGAUGGUCUGAGUGGUGAAAGAAUCAGAUGGACAGAGCAAUGCAAGGAGUUUAAAGCACAAAUCAACAGGUUGGUGGGAGAUGUGCUGUUGGCUACCGGAUUUCUCUCAUACAGUGGUCCCUUCAAUCAAACCUUCAGAGACAUACUGUUUAAAGUAAUUUGGGAAGGAGAGUUGCAGAAAAAGAGAAUACCCUACACAGAUAGUAUGAACCUCAUAAACUUUCUGGUGGAUCAGCCUACGAUCAGUGAGUGGAACCUGCAAGGAUUACCAAGUGAUGACCUGUCAGUUCAGAAUGGCAUCAUUGUUACCAAAGCAACCAGGUAUCCACUUCUCAUUGACCCUCAAACACAGGGUAAAACCUGGAUCAAAAAGAAGGAGAAAGAUAAUGAACUGCAGGUAACAUCACUUAACCACAAGUAUUUCCGGAAUCACCUGGAAGAUGCUCUUUCACUUGGACGUCCUCUGCUAUUGGAAGAUGUGCAGGAAGAAUUGGAUCCUGCACUGGACAAUGUGCUGGAGAAAAAUUUCAUCAAAUCUGGGACCUCCUUUAAGGUGAAAGUGGGUGAUAAAGAAACUGAUGUCAUGGCUGGUUUCAUGUUCUACAUUACUACAAAACUUCCAAACCCAGCCUACACUCCGGAAAUUAGUGCCAAGACAUCCAUCAUUGACUUCACCGUAACCAUUAAAGGUCUUGAGAACCAGUUGCUUGGACGUGUGAUCCUUACUGAAAAACAGGAAUUGGAAGCAGAGCGUGUGCAGCUGAUCGAGGAAGUCACUGCCAACAAACGCAAAAUGAAGGAGUUGGAGAAUAACCUGUUAUUCAAGCUCAGCACCACCAAAGGUUCACUGGUGGAUGAUGAGUCUUUGAUUGGAGUCCUUCAGAUAACAAAGACAACAGCAACUGAAGUAAGUGAGAAGCUGCACGUAGCAGCAGAGACGGAAAUAAAGAUUAACACUGCACAGGAAGAGUACCGACCAGCAGCUACUCGUGGGAGUAUUCUCUACUUCCUUAUCACUGAAAUGAGCAUGGUUAAUAUGAUGUACCAGACCUCACUUGCACAAUUUCUGAAAUUAUUUGACCUCUCCAUGGCAAGAUCUAAGAAGUCACCUGUUGCUUCAAAGAGGAUCAGCAAUAUUAUUGACUACCUGACCUAUGAAGUCUUUAAAUAUUCAGUGCGUGGUCUUUAUGAAACUCACAAGUUCCUUUUCACUUUAUUGCUGCCUCUGAAAAUUAACCUUGAGCGAGGUUACAUCAAGCACAAUGAAUUCCAGACCCUUAUAAAAGGUGGUGCAGCCCUUGACCUGAAAGCCAGUCCUCAGAAACCUUUCCGCUGGAUCCUUGAUAUGACUUGGCUGAAUUUGGUGGAGCUGUGCAAACUCUCUCAGUUUUCAGAGAUAUUGACUCAGGUUUCUAAGAAUGAGAAGGCUUGGAAAGUCUGGUUUGAUGCUGAUGCUCCAGAAGAAGCACAAAUUCCUCAUGGAUAUAGUGACUCUUUAGAUGCAUUCUGCAAGCUAUUGCUCAUCAGGUCUUGGUGUCCUGACAGAAUUCUGUCUCAAGCUCGAAACUACAUUUCUGAGGCAAUGGGAGCAAAAUACGCAGAGCCAGUGAUUCUAAACCUGGAGACAACCUGGGAAGAAAGUGAUACACAAACUCCUCUGAUCUGUUUCCUGUCCAUGGGAUCUGAUCCCAGCAAUCAGAUUGAAGGGCUGGCCAAAAAGCUUGAAAUUGAUUGUCGGGCAAUAUCGAUGGGCCAAGGACAAGAGGUUCAUGCCAGGAAGUUGGUGGCGUUAUCUAUGCAACAGGGUGGCUGGGUCUUACUGCAGAACUGUCAUUUAGGAUUGGAAUUUAUGAAUGAGCUUUUAGAGACCUUACUCACAAGUGAAAAUGUGCAUGAGUUUUUCCGAGUGUGGAUAACCACUGAACCACAUCCGAAGUUUCCAAUCACACUACUCCAGACAUCCAUCAAGUACACUAAUGAGCCCCCUCAGGGAGUGCGGGCAGGACUGAAAAGAACAUUCACUGGAAUUACUCAAGACCAAAUCGAAUAUUCAAAUCUACCCAUGUGGAAACCACUGUUGUAUGCAGUUGCUUUCCUACACACCACAGUCCAGGAACGGCGCAAGUUUGGUCCUCUGGGAUGGUGUAUUCCAUAUGAAUUCAACUCUUCAGAUUUCACAGCCAGUAUCCAGUUCAUACAGAACCAUCUUGAUGAUUGUGAUAAAAAGAAGGGGGUGUCAUGGAAUACUAUACGUUACAUGCUCGGAGAGGUUCAGUACGGAGGCCGAGUUACAGACGACUAUGACAAACGCCUCCUCAACUGCUUUUGCAAGGUGUGGUUCAGCGAGAAGACAUUUGAUCCCAAGUUCAACUUCUACACUAAUUAUAUCAUCCCAAUCUGUGCCAGUGUGGAAUCCUAUUUAGAGUAUAUUCAGACAUUACCCGCUGUUGACACCCCUCAGGUGUUUGGCCUACACCCAAAUGCUGACAUCACGUACCAGAGUAAUACUGCAGCUGAAAUUCUUAACACAAUCACCAAUAUUCAGCCGAAAGAAACUUCUGGAGGAGGAGGAGAGACCCGAGAAGCCACUGUCUUUAAGCUGGCUGACAGCAUGCUACGAAAGCUGCCCUCUGAUUAUUUACCACAUGAGGUGAAAGCUCGCCUCAUAAAAAUGGGAAUUUUGAAUUCCAUGAACAUUUUUCUGCGGCAAGAAAUUGAUCGAAUGCAGAAAGUUAUUUCGAUGCUCCGGAACUGCCUGCAUGACUUACAGCUGGCCAUAGAGGGGACCAUCAUCAUGAGCGAGACUUUAACAGAUGCCUUGGAUAACAUGUACAAUGCUCGUGUCCCUGAGGUGUGGAAAAGGAUUUCCUGGGAUUCCACUACUUUGGGAUUUUGGUUCACAGAAUUCCUAGAGCGAAAUGCACAGUUUUCCUCCUGGAUAUUUGAGGGCAGGCCCACUGUGUUUUGGAUGACAGGAUUCUUUAAUCCCCAGGGUUUCCUAACAGCUAUGAGACAGGAAGUCACACGUGCACAUAAAGGCUGGGCACUGGACAGUGUCACCCUACAUAACGAAGUAACAAAACUGAUGAAGGACGAGAUCAAAAUACCACCCCCGGAGGGAGUGUAUAUCUAUGGCCUUUACCUGGAUGGAGCAGGUUGGGAUCGGAGAAAUAUUCGACUGACUGAAUCAACUGCCAAGGUUCUCUUUACAAUGGUACCUGUCAUUUAUAUAUUUGCCAUCAAUUCCACCGCACCCAAGGAUCCAAAACUGUAUAUCUGUCCAGUUUACAAGAAACCACAACGUACAGACUUGAAGUUUAUUACUGCCCUCUGUCUGAGAACAGUUCAACCACCUGACCACUGGAUCCUGAGAGGGGUGGCUCUGCUCUGUGAUAUCAAGUAA